AUGCUUUUUAAAAUUGUGAGGAAUGCUGUGAUCACUAUGCAAAAAUCCACUCCCAGAUUUUAUUUCAAUUAAACCAUCGAGCCCACACAAUCAUAAUCGGAUGAGAUGUAUUCAACAGUAUUGGCAACAGAAUAAUACAAGUACAAAUUUAAUUAUAUUUGUGGUUGAUAUGGCCUUGAACAAAUGCAACAUGGUAAAUAUCGAGUGGCCCUUCAAUUUUUUGGAAGAUUUAAGAAUUUCUUAGAAACCAACAACUUAAAAGAUAAGGAAUGGGUUGAUGUUUCAAGGAGAAUCGUCUAUUCCAACUUGUAACUCAGAAGAUACGAGGAUGCAGAAGCUCAAUUGGAAGAAAUAAUCAGACAAUUUUUGAGAUAAAAAGCUAAUUACGCCCUUGUGUAUUCUGCAUACAGUGAUCUAUUGACUCAUUGUUUGAAGUAUAAUCUCAACAAGGCAAUACUCUUGGGCAAGGCUUUGUUAAGCGAAAUGCAGCGAGAAAAUGUACCCUUAGGGUAUUAGAAACAAUUCUAGUAUUUCUUGGGCACAGCCUAUUUAUUGAAGGAAAAUUACACUGAUGCCAAAUCAAGAUUGAGAGAGUGUCUGGCUUCAGACCCCUCCAAUCAAUUGAAAGGAUGGGCUUACAAUAGUUUGGCUGUGGCUUCAUGGUGGCACAAGUUCCCAAGUCUUAGAGAAUUUGUAAGUGAUGACGAAGAAGAGACAGGACCUCAAUAAAGUGAUAUUCCAGCAGAAAACAUAGAUGCCGAUUUUGAAAAUGUGAUACCUCUAUUUAAAAAGUCAAUUUAUUACAUUGAGCAUUCAAACAAUCAAAUUAAAACUGGAUUGGAAUGGUUACUGAAUGAAGAUCUUCUACCUUAAGAUAGAACCAAUCUAACCAAAACCCAAUUUAAGAGUUUGCAUGUUGGAAAACCAUUGCUCAAUCUAAGUGAAUUUGUUUUGAAUAAAGCACCAUCAAAAAGGGCUGAAUUACAAUUUUGGUUGAAAACUACAAUCAAUUUUUAUGAGGAACAAGAUCCAACCAAUAUGGAUAGAUCUCUCUUAUUUUUAGCUUGGAUGUGCAGUACUAAUAAAUAUUUUGAUAGAGCAGAAAGCAUGUAUAGAAUAGUAUUGUAAAUGCUUGAGAAUUCAGAUUCAUAUAAUAAAGUAUUAUGUAUGCAAUUGCUUGGAAGUAUGUUGAAGAAGAUGCCCAAUAGAAGUGGAGAAGGAGAAUGUAAAUAGCAAUCAUAUUGA